AUGUCUGGCGAGGCGAGCGCGACGGGAGCGUCCCCCAGGGUCCCGCGUCCCGGGACCCAGAAGUCGUCCGGCUCAGUGACCAAGAAGGGGGAUCGCGGGGCCAAGGAGAAGCCCGCGGCAGUGCUGCCGCCAGUGGGCGAGGAGGAGCCCAAAAAUCCUGAGGAGUACCAGUGCACCGGAGCCCUGGAGAUCGACUUCCCCGAGCUCUGCUCCCGGUUGGGCUACACGGACUUCCCCAAAGUCGUCACCCGGCCCCGCCCGCACUCGACCUUUGUCCUGUCGUCCUCUUUGUCAGAAAAGCCCAACCCUGACGAUCAGCGGCUGUCGGGUUCCUGCAGCCUCAACAGCCUGGAGAGCAAGUACGUGUUCUUCCGGCCCACGGUGCAGGUGGAGCUGGAGUCCGAGGACAAGUCGGUGAAGGAAAUCUACAUCCGCGGCUGGAAGGUGGAGGAGAGGAUCCUGGGCAUCUUCUCUAAAUGUCUGCCCCCCCUCAGCCAGCUGCAGGCUAUCAACUUGUGGAAGGUGGGGCUGACUGAUAAGACCCUGGCCACGUUCAUCGCCCUCCUGCCUCUCUGCUCGUCCACACUCAGGAAGGUGUCUCUGGAGGGGAACCCACUGCCGGAGCAGUCAUAUCACAAGCUCAUGGCCCUGGACAGCACGAUCAUGCACUUGUCUCUGCGGAACAACAACAUCGAUGACCACGGGGCACAGCUCUUGGGCCAGGCUCUGUCCACGCUGCAUAGCUGCAACCGGACCCUGGUCUCUCUCAACCUGGGCUUCAACCACAUCGGGGACGAGGGCGCAGGCUACAUCGCCGAUGGCCUGCGGCUGAACCGCUCCCUGCUCUGGCUGUCCCUGGCCCACAACCGCAUCCGGGACAAGGGCGCCCUGAAGCUAGCCGAGGUCCUGCGGCCGUUUGAGCUGACGCACACCGAGGUGGUGGAGCGCCGGCGCCUCCUGCUGGAAAAGGGCACCCAGGAGCGCAUGCGGUCGCCCUCCUCCUCUCGCUACGGGGAUCCCAGAACAGAACGUGAGAAGAGUCAGAUGAUGGGAGCCAGCAGCAUUGCACUGGUGGACAGGGCAGACAAGAUGCAGACGAUGAAGACCCCUAAGGGCCUGGGCAAGAAAAAGGAGAAGUCAGGGGAAGUGGUGAAGAAAGAGGAGAAGUCGGGGUCUGGACAGUCACCCAUACAAGGAACCCCAAAGAAGGAAGACCCCACAAAGGCAGGCAAAGGGAAGGUGACCAUCCCGGAGCAGAAACCAACCAAGGGAAAAGGGCCCAAGUCUGGGAGCAAAGAGAAGCGCAGCAUCCUCCUGGAGUCAGAGCUGAUUGCGGAAGCCACAGAGAUGGUCAACCCUCUCUUGGAGCCAGUGGAACACCGGGAUGGGAAAGUUUUCCUGGCUGGGAACAAGGUCCUUCUGCACCUCAACCUCCUCCGAAACCGCAUCACGGAGGUGGGGCUGGAGGGCUUCUUCAUGGCCGUGCAGUACCAGGUGCAGUUCCCCAAGGCCAAGAGUGCGUCCAAGGGCCCCGUGGGGCUGCUGUGGCUGUCUCUGGAGAAAAACUGCUUCUCCCCACAAUGUCCUAUGUACACCAUGAUCCAGGAACUGAUGCUGCCAAGGGACCCCAUCAGCAAGGCCAAGCCCAGAGAGGAGGAGGCCAUGGCUUUCUCCACCUAGCCCCUCCCUGCUCCCCACGGACACAUCUCCUGUCCGUGUGUGGGCUGACCUCCCAGGGGAGAGCUCGGAUCUUUAACAAAGUCAACUGCU